AAUUGGGUUUAUUGUUAAAGCACUGGGGCAGCUAAUCCUCACAGACCUGUAGGAGCAGGCUUGCUGGCCAAGAUCACAGACUGGAGCACCUUUCUUGUGAGCCCCUGGCUUCCCAGGCAGCUUCCACUCUGGAGGACAUGGGGCGGAAGGAGGAGGAGGACUGUAGUUCCUGGAAGAAACAGACCACCAACAUCAGGAAAACCUUCAUCUUCAUGGAAGUGCUGGGAUCAGGAGCUUUCUCAGAGGUGUUCCUGGUGAAGCAAAGAGUGACUGGGAAACUCUUUGCUCUGAAGUGUAUCAAGAAGUCACCAGCCUUCCGGGACAGCAGCCUAGAGAAUGAGAUCGCUGUGUUGAAAAGGAUCAAGCAUGAAAACAUUGUGACCCUGGAGGACAUCUAUGAGAGCACCACCCACUACUACCUGGUCAUGCAGCUUGUUUCCGGAGGUGAGCUUUUUGACCGGAUCCUAGAGCGUGGUGUCUACACAGAAAAGGAUGCCAGCCUGGUCAUCCAGCAGGUCUUGUCUGCAGUGAAAUACCUUCAUGAGAAUGGCAUCGUCCACAGAGAUCUAAAGCCUGAAAACCUGCUGUACCUCACCCCCGAGGAGAACUCCAAGAUCAUGAUCACUGACUUUGGUCUAUCUAAGAUGGAGCAGAAUGGAGUCAUGUCCACAGCAUGUGGGACCCCAGGCUAUGUGGCUCCAGAAGUGCUGGCCCAGAAGCCCUACAGUAAGGCUGUGGACUGCUGGUCCAUUGGUGUCAUCACGUACAUACUGCUGUGUGGCUAUCCCCCUUUCUAUGAAGAAACAGAAUCAAAGCUUUUUGAGAAGAUCAAAGAGGGUUACUACGAGUUUGAGUCUCCGUUCUGGGAUGACAUUUCUGAGUCAGCCAAGGAUUUUAUUUGCCAUCUGUUGGAGAAGGACCCAAACGAACGGUACACCUGUGAGAAAGCCCUCAGACACCCAUGGAUUGAUGGGAACACAGCCCUGCACCGGGACAUCUAUCCAUCUGUCAGCCUCCAGAUUCAGAAGAACUUUGCCAAAAGCAAGUGGAGGCAAGCCUUCAAUGCGGCCGCGGUGGUGCAUCACAUGAGGAAACUACACAUGAACCUGCACAGCCCCAGUGUCCGCCAAGAGGUGGAGAACAGGCCACCUGUGUCCCCUGCUCCUGAAGUCUCCAGACCAGACUCCCACGACAGCUCCAUCACGGAGGCCCCCAUCCUGGACCCAAGCACACCCCUUCCGGCCCUGACGCGACUACCCUGCUCACACAGCUCCCGGCCCUCAGCUCCCGGUGGCCGCUCGCUCAACUGCCUGGUCAACGGCUCCCUGCGCAUCAGCAGUAGCCUAGUACCCAUGCAGCAGGGCCCCCUCGCCACGGGGCCCUGUGGCUGCUGCUCCAGCUGUCUAAAUAUCGGGAACAAGGGAAAGUCUUCCUACUGCUCUGAGCCCACCCUCUUCAGAAAGGCCAACAAAAAACAGAACUUCAAGUCAGAGGUCAUGGUACCAGUCAAAGCUGGUGGCAGCACCCACUGCCGGGGUGGGCAGACCGGGGUGUGUCUCGUUAUGUGAUCCCAGGAGCCCAUGUGGUUUUCAGGAGACAUGCCUGGCUCUUCUCUGCCUCUCUAAGCUGGCGUCUGCCUUGAGGAAGGGGAGCAGUGGAUCAGGGAUAGCCAAAGCAACUGGUCUGAGGCAGUAGGGCUGUUGCUGCCUGGGCAGACACUCACAGGAAGUCCAGAGGAGUCAGUCCCAAUCUUGGACGUUCUCUGAGGCCACAAGCAGGAUGAGUGGCCUGCCUGCCUCCAGCAUCCCAGCCUCCAGGUCUCCCGACCUGCCCAUUCCCUUCCCCACAUCAUACGUGCAGUGGCUCCAUGCAGUGUCCAUAGAUAGUGCUCAUCUGGGUCCGUGUUGUUUGUUGUGAAAAGCUUUAUGGGCUGCCCAGGCUGUGCCACUUUCUUCAAGCAAAGCCAUAUGGAGUCUAACUCAGACCCCCUGCUCUGCAGACUCACUCCUGCCUAUCUGGCCUCACGGCCAGACUGGACCCAUUACCAUAGUACCUGCCUAUUCGCAUGAAUGCCAGGCUGCUCCAGGGGCCUGGGAGCACUCACAACUCUAGUCCUUUCCUCCAGGAUUAGCUUCCACUGCACUGAGACCCCGGCCACUUCAAAGCUCUCCUUGCCUCCAUCUCACAGCAGUGCCCCUAUCCUUCAUGGUGGAAUAGAGAAAGCUGUGACUAUGGACUGUGAGCCUUCUCUCCCUGCUGGCCACACACCUCAUAUAUUCCUAAUUAAGGAUUCGGGGACUAUUUCCAUGUCAGCCAGGUCUCCUGCCUCUGGCUCCCUCCGUUCCCCUAAAAGUCAGGUGCAUUGUUUUGUCUCUCUGUGUUCUUGCCUCAUACCCUCAAGCUUCGUGCUCUGUGUUGUGCUCAAAUAAAAUGGACAUAUUUUUCUCUA